GUGUGGAGAAAGCAGCAGAUCUCACAGAGGAGCAUCGAGAUACGCAGGAGCGCAGAUACUCAACUCAUCCAAAAUGAGUCUUCAGGUUUGCCACUGUGGCUGGUCCAAAACGACAAGUUACCAGGGCCUCAGAGUUCACCAGGGAAAGAUGGGAUGUACACCAAAGGGAAUGAGGAUCCCUGAACAUGAACAAUUCAGUUACCUUCCUACAGUGACUAUCCUGAGUCCUCAGAUCAAAUUAACAGACCCAUUUAUGGAUAUUUUCAAGAAUUCUGUGAAGUCUGAUUCAAACGCAAGCUACUACAGCUGGCCCAGAAUCACAGUUGAUCAGGACCUCGGAGAUCUCCAGGGAGGGAUGAGAUCUACACAAAAUCAACUGGAAGAGAACAAAGUUCAACUCUGGAGAAAUCAUCAAGAAGAAUCUCAUCAAAAGUGCAGCAGACCAACUUUCAGUCCUUCAGUCAAGGAGGAGAAUAUGUUUCUGCCAUCAAGCUUCAUCCCCCAAAUCGAUUCUCCAGCCAGACAAGCCUCUGCAGUAGAGAUAAUUAAAUCAUUGGUUGAAACUCAGCAACAGUCUGUGCCAACAGGUUCAAACAUGGGCGCAUAUCAGGGGCUUGAUUUAGGCUCUGGUGCACAGUCUGUGUUCAUGUCUGUGUCACAGACCUUCAGCAACCACAGUGAUCACACAGACAACACAACCACAAAGAUGGAGACAGACACAUUCUUUGAGACUCCUCAGCGCUCUCAUCAAAGCACCGUGAGCUCAGACAAAGCCCGUCGAGCUCUGGACUUCUCUACUGGUGGACAGCAGGUGGUACAACUCUUGGAGCUUCCUGGGAAAGCAGCCCAGCACGCAGCAAUCUGCCCCGAAGAAAAAGAAAAGGACAUAGACAGGCUGAAAGAGAAGAAGACUAAAAAACUACAAAAGGCAAAACAGGAAAAGAUGAAAUCUGAUUUGCAGCAGAAAAUUCACAUCAGAGAGCUCAAGAUGGCUGAAGUCAGAUCAUCGGAAAUAGACUGCAAGGGUACUCUGGAUGCCGAAUGGUUGGAAGUCAAUAAUUUCUUCUCAGAGGCUAUCAGAGUUGUGGAAGAUGCUCGAAAGAAAGCCCUUAAGCCUCUGGAGGAGAGGAGACAGAAAGUGAAAGGAGAUGCUCAGGAUAUCAUCCAGAAGCUGCAAAGAGAAAUUGAUGUGCUCAAAAAGGCCAUUGCUGAAGCACCCAAAAACCCAGACUUGGAGGUUUCGCCACUAACAGGCCUAAAUGAAUCUACUGACUGGAAAAAUGUUGACACUUCACUCUCCUUUGGCACACUGAGAACUACGACUUCAGCCAUGAUGAAGCAAAUUCACGACAAACUGGAAAAACUCUCAUCCAUUGAACUCAGGAGGAUUACAAAAUUUGCAGUGGACGUGAAGCUGGACCCGGCGACCGCACACCAAAGCCUUGAAAUUUCUGAUAAUGGGAAAAAAGUGAGAGAUAGUGGAAAGAUGUCGAAAGAUCCUGAUUCUCCACAGAGGUUUAAUAUGUUUGGAAGUAUCCUGGGGCUCAACAGGCUGUCCUCUGGCAGGGCAUACUGGGAGGUGGAGGUCAGCAAAAAGACCGGGUGGGAUCUGGGUGUGGUGAGACGUGACGCAAACCGCAAGGGGAAACUCUCAAUCAGUCCUGACAACGGUUACUGGGCUACUGUACAUUAUGAAGACCAGAAAUAUGCAGCCCUGACAACACCACCUGUGAGCCUUUCGGUUAAAGAGAAACCUCGGAAAGUCGGGGUGUUUGUAGAUUAUGAGGAAGGUCUCGUGUCCUUUUACGAUGUGACAUCUCAGUCUCACAUCUACUCAUUUACUGAGUGUUCGUUCGGUGGUGAGAUCCUCCCGUACUUCAGUCCACAUCUGAAACAAAAUGAGAAAAACAGCAAUCCUUUGAUUAUCACUGCUGUGCAAAAACAGUAGUAAUCACAUGCACUGGAUCUGGUGCAGUGAAUUCACUGGUAAGCAAUAUAUGUGUCCAGGUGUGCAGUAACAGUUUAAUGUUUUUUCUGAUGAGUUUUCUUAGAUUUUCCAAGAUUGUCCAAAUUUCAACAUUUUAAAUUUUUCAACAUUUUCAUUAUAACAUGCAUGAAGAUCACCUGACUCAGGUUUUUAUGUACCAUAUUUUCUAUUCAGUGUGCAGUAACAGUUUGCUCACCUGCCCAUCGGGCAUUUGAUCGGUCAAAUUUCAACAUUUUUCUCAUAACAUGCAUUAAUGAAGAUCCUCUGACUGACA